CUCGAGCACCGUGAGAAAUUCAUCCGUGAAGUCUGGGUCAGGACGAUGGAAGUCCGGAUAGUCGGAGAAGAGUUGGCAAAAUGUUAUCGACAUGAAGGGGUGAACCACAAGCAGAAUUGUGCAGAAUUGGCAGAUAGAUAUUUGAAGAUGUUGAGGAAGAGCAGGGUG